CCACCCUUCUUCCUCCCAUCCAUCCCUCCAUCCCCAUCCCCAAUUCCCCAUAUCCCCCUCCCCCUCCCCUACCCACACUACUCUCACUCCGAGCGCAGUGCGUUCCCACUUCCAACUUGCAAUUCAGGCGAGUGAGGUGAGGUGAAGCUGCUCAAUUUGUUACUUGCCUGCCUGCCUGCCGCCCAGCAGCAGCACGCACCAUGUAACCAAGCCAAGCAAGCUUCUUCACCGUCACCACCACCACCACCACCCAAGGUCAUGCAAUGCAAUGGUAAUGGUAACUGACCGCCGCACCCACCACCCAUCGCUGAGAGGGAGUAAGAGUACCGCCAAUUAGGACAGCCAGGCCUUCGCCAUGCAGUCCGGCUACGGCGGCGUCUCCGAGUUCCAGCAGUUCAUCAUGGACGGCGGCUUCGCCAUGUCCGCGCCGCCGCCGCCGCAGCAGCAGCCGCCGACCCAGCCCGCAGCCGCGCAGCAGGAGCUGGGCGGGCCCUUCAGGUACCAGCCGCUGCACCACCACGCCCUGCCGCCGCACCACCACCACCACGCGCCGCCGCACAUGCCGCCGCACUUCGCCCACUUCGGCGCGCCCCCGCAGGCACCCUUCACGCAGCAGCUGCUGCACCAGGCCGCCGCCGCGGGGCACCACCUCCAGCUCUUCCACGAGCAGCAGCACCACCACCACCACAAGCCCCCGCCGCCGCCGCAGCAGCAGUCGGCGCCGGCGAGAUGGGCUCCGCAGCCGCACCAGCACCACCAGCAGGCGCACCACCACCACCACCACCCACACCACCUGGGAUUCGAUGUCGAGGCCGUGCCGGAGAGCUCCGGGGCGGGCGCCGGGAGCGCGGCCUCCGGCGGCGCAACCCCUCCGGGCGUCCCUCCGUUCCUGGCCGCCGCCAUGAACUUCAAGCUGGCGGUCGACGCCGGUGGCGGCAGCGGCGCCACAGGGGGCACCGACGACGCCCUCAACGACGGAGGCGGCGGCGCGGGCAGCGGCAUGAUGCUCCAUGUCGGCGGCGGCGACGAGGAGGCGGCCCCCGAGAGCCGGCUCCGGCGGUGGAACGGCGACGAGGAGACCUCCAUCAAAGAACCCACCUGGCGGCCGCUCGACAUCGACUACUUACACAGCACGAGCAGCAGCAAGAGGACGCCGGGGAAGGAGAAGGUGGCCACGCCGGAGUCCCCGGCGCCGACUGCCGCGGCGGCCAACUACUUGAAGAAAGGCGACGACAAUGCUGCUGUCGCGGCGGCCGCCGCCGCCGCCACGGGAGGCAGCAACUACAAGCUGUUCAGCGAGCUGGAGGCCAUCUACAAGCCAGGGAGCAGCGGCGCCCAGACGGGCUCCGGCUCCGGCCUCACCGGCGACGACAAUGCCAUCCUGGACCCGGCAAUGGCUGCCGACCUCCCGGGCGUGGCGGCCCCGGACGCGCCGCAGGUCAACACAUCGGAGACGUCGGCCGGGGAGGAGGCGGCGGCGGUGGUGCAGCCGCCGGCGCCGGCGCCGGCGGACGCGGCGCGGCGCAAGCGCAAGCGGCGGCGGCAGGAGCAGCUGAGCGCGUCGGCGUCCUUCUUCGAGCGGCUGGUGCAGCGGCUGAUGGAGCACCAGGAGAGCCUCCACCGGCAGUUCCUGGACGCCAUGGAGCGGCGCGAGCGGGAGCGCGCCGCGCGCGAGGAGGCGUGGCGGCGGCAGGAGGCCGACAAGCUGGCCCGCGAGGCGAGCGCGCGCGCGCAGGACCGCGCCAGCGCCGCGGCGCGCGAGGCGGCCAUCAUCGCCUACCUGGAGAAGAUCUCGGGCGAGUCCAUCGCGCUCCCGCCGCCAGCCGCGGCGUCUGGCGACGACACGAGCCAGCAGGACGCGGCGGCCGGCAAGGAGCUGGUGCCCUACGACGGCGGCGGCGGCGUGGGGUCGUCGUCGCCGCACCUGAUGAGCUCGUCGCGCUGGCCCAAGCACGAGGUGGAGGCGCUGAUCCGGGUGCGGACGGGGCUGGAGGGGCGGUUCCAGGAGCCGGGGCUCAAGGGCCCGCUGUGGGAGGAGGUGAGCGCGCGCAUGGCGGCGGCGGGGUACGGCCGCAGCGCCAAGAGGUGCAAGGAGAAGUGGGAGAACAUCAACAAGUACUUCCGCAAGGCCAAGGAGAGCGGCAAGAAGCGGCCGGCGCACGCCAAGACGUGCCCCUACUUCGACGAGCUCGACCGCCUCUACUCGCGCAACAAUGCCAGCAACGCCGGCGGCGGCGCCGGCGACGAGGCCAAGGCGAGCUCGGAGCUGCUGGACGCGGUGGUAAGGUACCCCGACGCGCACGGCGGCCCGCCGGGGUUCAUGUUGGACAGUGGGGAGCAUCAGAACGAGGCCUCCGGAGGCAGAGAGGUGGGCGCGGCCGGCGAAGAGGAGGACGGCGGCAUUGCCAAGGGGAGGGCCGCCGACGAUCAGGAUCAGGAUCAGGAUCAGGACGACGAGGUGGAGAGCCAUGGCGGCCAUGAUGAUGACGAUGAGUAGCUAUAGGAUAUAGCUAGCUAGCUGAGCUGGAUCCAUGGAUCUCUCUAACAUGCAUGGAGUCAGUAGCUGCGGGCACGCCAUGCAUCUCCUAGUUAAUUUGCUUAUUGAUCUGUUUCUUUCUUUCUUUAUUUCUUGUUAAUUAGCUGUUGUUACUAGCUACUUAUAUAUUAGCACUACUGCUACUACUAUUACUAGCCACUGCUACUCCUUCCUUAUUAUAUAUACAAUGCUGCGGAAGAUCA